AUGCUGCGGUUUCGACAAAAGUGGCCCAAUGCGGCAGAGUGCUGCGGUCUCGAGAUCGAGACCAACAGGCUUGGUCGAAAGAAAGCCUGGUGGCCUCAGGGUACAGCUUUCGAGAAAUUUGAAGAAGAUAUCCAGCCAGAAAUCGAGGCUUUCUUGAAGAACGUCGAUAUAAAUGAUGGCGAUAUUUACUUCCGCGUUUAUAUGAUCGGGAGGACCCAGGAAGCUUCUCGGCCGACCGUAAUGAUAUGUUGUGCAGAUGUAUCGAUCGGCCGACGAGCUAAAGAAUCUUUGCGGCACAGCCCAGUCAUCCGCAAUAAUCCUGGCUUCUGUCUCGGGUCAAUUGAUUUCCCACUUGAACAACUGGUCCCAGUCAGAGAGUUAGCUCUCGAAGUCAAACCACUAGGUCAGGUACUUGACAAUGCUUCCGACCCAGCUGCCGGUAUCCCGAUCUUUGCAAUAUCGGACAGUGCAACCGUGGGAAGGCGACUCUUCGUCACGCAUCCUGAUACUAUGGAGGUCUACCGACACUCUACGGGCGGGGUUGUUGUUGCAAAUAACGGCAGAUUCUAUCAGCUGACUGUUGGGCACAUUGCCGACCUGCCCAAUGGUGCCCAUCAGCCUUCAAGGCUGGAUCCUGAUGCCUGUUCCUCCGAUGGUCAAAGUGACAGCGACUCCGGCGACGACUUCUCUGUCUUCGAACAGGAUUUGCGCAGAGCCAGCGUGUCCAUCUUCAAUUUGUCCCAAUCUGAUUCAUCGGAUGCAAAGACAGAGAAGACAGAGGCAAACACUCUCGGCUACGGAAGCCACGCGAAUGCAGACUACACAACCACCAACGAGGAUCCUACUGGCUCUUACAGAACUAAGGGCCUUGAACAACCACCUAUCAUAAGGGUGGGGACAAUUGCUGUGCAUUCCAAAGAUAGAGACACACCAGGCCUUGACUAUGCUCUUGUGUCAAUCCAUUCGCCAAGGGAGGUUGACCAAAUCAAUAUAGUGCUUUCAGGCACAGUUAAUAACACGAGACCGAUGGCGAUUCAUGACGUUGCGGACGUUGGGCGCGAGGAGCGUCGAGUCAUCGUUAUUACAGGCUCGAGUGGUGUGGUGAAGGGCAUUUUGGUACCUGGAACAACAUUUCUAGGCAGGGGAAACCAACAGCGCCCUCAAAAACUUUACGGGGUCCAAUUAGACGGAGUCGUUGCAGAAGGAGAUUCUGGCGCCACGGUGGUUGAUGAAACAUCGGGCACCUUGUAUGGUCAUUUGGUCAGUGGGUGUCCUGGUACCCGAAUUGCGUACAUUAUCGCUGCAACAGAAAUCUUCCGGGCCUUAGAGUGCGGACUCCAGGGACCAAUUACUAUCGUUACCCAGAUUACCAUUCAAAACUCGCUGAUAGAACCUCCAAACCUUUCUAGUCUAUCCUCAAAUUCGAGUUCCAUCCUUGAAGAGCCUGGCCAGCUUCCGAACCAUACGACAUUGAGUGAGUUUCGGGUUUCUUCGGGGCCAUCUGAUGGACAUGACAACCUACCAAAUACGGCGGGAUUUAUAUCAAUCGACAGCUGGCCGAAUGUUCAGGUUACAGCGAGUCGCUCCCCGGUACUCGAUGCCCAGAUUAGCAAACUCCAGGCUAAAUAUGAGUUAUCAGCAACAGCAUCCCAAAGUUUUGAGCAGUAUAGCAGCUACAAAAGAAGGAAGAGGACAAAGAAGACAGGCUAUCGCCAGCGCCGACAUCCUCGAGUUGGACAGGGUGUGAAGACCUAUAAACCAGCUUUGCGAAAAGUUGAUGUUGAGCCAGAAGGCGGCAGCACUUGUUUCUCGUCCGAAGACAAGUCUCAAGACAGAAUUCAAAGACUUUUGGAAUCGGAGUGCAGUCUGUACAUAGAUGAUGAGGAUUCAGACGAGGAGGGUGAGAGUCUACUCACUCUAUUAUUCGAACGAUUACGAGCCGGACGUCAGAUAAGUCGCCUGACAGAAUUUACGCAAACGGUUUACGACUGCUAUUCGCUACUGGACCUACAUACGCGGGCCUGCUUGGGUUUUUAUCCCGAAAGACUUGUCUGCUUGACGAUCGAACGAAUGAUGGCAUGGACUCUGUCUCUUUGGGCUACUAUGAGCCUCUAA